GUAAACAAUCCAAAAGAGCCACACGUUCCUUUGGAGUGUUCUAAGAAUGACGACAUGAUCACGAAAUGUCGUUUAAACUGAUUUGGAACGCCCUACAGCCUACAAAACGGUUAAGAUUUGGAACGUUCCAAUGAUGACACGGUGAGUGACUGAGGAGACACCGUUUCACUGAGCAGCUUCAUUCAUGAUGCAGCAGGGCAGAGCAGAUGGCAGUAAGGCGAUUAUAUAGAUAUAUAGGCUGUAUAGGAUCCAUAUAUAUAGGCUCUUAUAAUAACAAUCAGUGAGGUUUGAUAGUACACUCCGAACAGUGUACACACGCUCCGCAUCAAUGAACCGGACACCGGAGCGAGCUCAAACCUGCACGCAGAUCGACGGGAACUUUCUAAUGGAAGUGUAACAACAUUAUUCGCACUCCAAAGCCUCACACUUAACACUUGCUGGCUUUAUAGACGGAUAACUCAAUUUUAUUUAACACUAAAGGGAUUAAAUGUAGGCUGUUUUAUCUGACUGGGGCUUUUUUGUUUUGCGCGAAGACAAAAUGAAGGUGAAAUCCAGAGAUGAGAGUUUCAAUACUUCUGGAGAAUGUGACGGAUCCAAUGACCUGCUCACUGGUAAUCCUCCCUCCGGCCAGAGGAAGAAGAACAUGAAACAGCGCUUUCUCAAACUCCUGCCCUGCUGUCAUGUGGACUCCACUCCUGCGGUCAGACAAAACAGUAUAGAGGAGGAUUUUGAGCUUGCUACUGUGUGCUACAGGCCGGACAGUCUGGAUAAACUGAUGGAGCUGACCAAGUUCACCAAAACCGAGCUACAAAUCCUGUACAGAAGUUUCAAAAAUGAUUGUCCCACUGGAGUAGUCAAUGAAGAAACCUUUCAACUAAUCUACUCUCACUUUUUCCCUCAUGGAGAUUCUAGUGCAUAUGCACAUUUCCUGUUCGAGGCUUUCGACAGACGCAAAAAUGGAGCAGUGAAUUUUGAGGACUUUGUGGUGGGCCUGUCGAUCAUUUUGCGCGGCACAGUCACCGACAGACUAUCCUGGGCCUUCAGUUUGUACGAUCUCAAUAAAGACGGCUGCAUCACUAAAGAGGAGAUGAAUGAUAUUAUGAAAUCCAUUUAUGAUAUGAUGGGGAAGAAUACGUGUCCGUGCAUGAACGACAGCGCGCCCAGAGAACACGUGGAGAGCUUCUUUCAGAAAAUGGAUCGCAACAAUGACGGCGUGAUCACGAUGGAGGAGUUUCUGGAGUCCUGUCAAAAGGACGAGGCCAUCAUGGAGUCCAUGCAAAUGCUGGAUCAUGUCAUCUAGCUCUACAUAAUGAUCUUUCUGCAACACAAAUGGAUGGACAGCUUCGGUUUUUUGAUGACUUUGUCCGUCUUAUGCCUACAAAACAAACUUAUAAUCAAAGUCAGUGAACUCCUGAACUGCGGAAAUGUGAGCAUGCCACGUCAUUUUAUAUUCAACAGGGUGAAGGUAUGUCUGGAUGACCAUGGAUGGAUAAUGCAACGAUGAGAUAUUUUCAGACAUUUCUAGGGUUUAUGAUCAUACACUCACUAAAAACAAGCAAAACAUUGGAUCACCUUAAAAACCUUGUUACGCCUGAAUGAAUUAAGUUAUUUCAACUUAAUUAAUGACUGAAAACGGUGGUAAAUUAAGUUGAUUGAAUGUUUUUUUUCAUUGCAAAAACAGAAUUUACUUUUGGUAAAUCUAAAUAUAGCUUUGCAUCUAAAAUAAUGAAAGGGAUUGUUCACCCAAAUGAAGAUAUUCUGAAGAAUGUUGGAAAAAAACAAAAAUAUUAUGGAAAGCAAUGGGUGUUUUUUCUCCAACAUUCAACAAAAUAUCUUCCUUUGUGUUCAACAGAAGAAAGAAACUCAAGCCGGUU